AUGUCACGUGUGGCUGAUUUAUCUCGAAACCUCCUUCUUUUAUUUGCUGUGAUACAAAACCUUAUCAUUCAUCAUCCGAACUUCUUAGACCAGUUCAAACGUCGUCAUUUACUUGAGUUACCAUAUGUUUUGCUAUGUGCGGAUCCCUCUUGCCAGCAGAAUGUGCACGAAACAAUAAAGAUAUUAAUUGGUCAUCCCAGUCCGAUGGGGAGUGUUGAAAAAAAAAGAACUCGUUUGUCCCCUUUCCUAUUCCAGUAUGAACAAGAGCAGACUUCAUCGUCGCCGUCCUCGUCAGUAGGAAGAGAAGUUGCUGCCCAAGUACCCAAGACUCCAUUAUGCUUGAUCUCAAACGAACUGAAGCCUUCGAGACCCUCGGUCUCCGAAACAUGUUUCCUUACACCCCCAGUCCAAGGUUCGAUCUUCCCGAAUCCCAAAGACAUCACAUCGACCAGUUCACCGUUGGGAGUGACAGCCAAAGUUAACCAAGUGAUUUCGGACAUGCGUGGCAGCAAUACCAAUGAUAAUGGUACCGCUCAAAACUCGAAAGAUUCCAUAAUCGAUUUCGUGGCGGGAUCCUUGGGAGCUGCCACGUCCGUCUAUGUUGGGCAGCCUUUAGAUACGCUCAAGGUUAAGAUGCAGACUUUUCCGGAGAAAUAUCCCAACCUCGGGAUUUGCUUCAGAGAGACCUUGAGGAAGGAAGGCGUGGUGCGUGGUCUUUAUGCGGGGACCGUGCCCUCGUUAGCGGCCAACAUGGCUGAAAACAGCAUCCUCUUCGCUGCCUACGGCGUCUGUCAGAAGUCCGUGGCCAAUCUGAUCGGUGUUCGGAAAGUGUCUGAUCUGAGCGUGACAGCCAACGGCUUCUCGGGCUCAUUCGCCGCCUUUUUCGCCUCGUUCGCACUUUGUCCCACUGAGCUAAUCAAAUGUCGCCUUCAAGCCAUGCGUGAAUCCCAGGAGAAGACUGGUUCCAAUGCCGUUGGCGGAGCAGGCAAACCAAAGAUUGGCCCUUUUGCUCUCACGAAACAGAUCUUAAAGCAAGAUGGGAUCCAAGGAAUGUUUCGCGGCCUUGCACCAACCUUUAUGCGAGAAAUGCCAGGCUACUUUUGCUUCUUUUUCGCUUACGAAUUCUCGAGAGAGCUGUUUGCUCAACCAGGACAAGCCAAAGAUGAAAUAGGACCCUUAAAGACAAUCAUUUCGGGAGGUCUCGCCGGCACAACCCUUUGGACCGUGAUAUUUCCCGCGGAUGUCAUCAAAAGUCGGCAACAAGUGAGUGGGGUUUCCGAAUCCAUGCUUAAAACAGCCAAGGACCUUGUUCGAAAAGAUGGUGCCUUGGCUCUCUACAAUGGUCUCACUCCCACGUUGAUCCGGACCUUCCCCGCUACCGGUGCUUUAUUCUUCGCUUUCGAAUAUUCUAAGAAAUUCAUGCAGUCAUUAUCCUGACCCAAAGUCGAAUAGCUUUAUCCAGAUUUCUCUAUGCAGCUGAGACGCUCAUAUGCAUUUUUACACAAGGACCUUCGAUUUGUUCUACUUCCAAAGUUCCUUCUACCUGCAAUAAAUAUCUAGAAUGACA